AUGACGCGAAUGAGGUUUCUGGAAGGCGAUGUACAUACGAUCGGUGCAAACUGCACUUCACAUCCACCGGUUGGGAAGUAUGCAAAACCUGAUUAUCGACAUUCCGCACUUCCAGAGGAGCUCUACGUUAACCUCACAUAUACAUUUAGAGCAGAAAAAUCAAUGUAUGCCCCAGCCCGCACGAGUGUCGCGAGCAGAUGUCGAGCUUGCCUUUCUUGUAUUGAUCCAAUGGGUUAG